AUGAACAGUGAGUUCGACACGCUAGUCCGCAGCUGUGAUGCAUGCCGUGAAUUUCAGCAGUCUCAGUCUGCCGAACCGCCCAUUUCUGACCGCAAGCUCGCUUUGCCAUUCGAAAGUGUUAGUGCUGACCUUUUCAGUUGCCAAGGUUGCGAGUAUUUGGUAUUCAUCGACCACUUAACCGGAUGGCCAUGCAUAGCCAAGCUUGGUCACUCAGCCACGUCAGCUGACGUCAUUCGUCAUUUCCGCAGGUGGUUCCCAGAUGUAGGCGUACCACAGGUCAUUUCAACGGAUGGCGGUCCUCAGUUUGCGUCUCACAGAUUUGCUGAAUUUUGCGAGCGCUGGGGAAUCCGUCAUAUCAAGUCGUCCCCUCGCUACCCACAGUCGAACGGACAUGCGGAAGCAGCCGUAAAGGCAAUGAAGUGCCUGGUGGAAAAGACUACCAAUGACGGUAAUCUAGACACCGACGCUUUCCAGCGUGGCCUUCUCGAGUGGCGCAAUACUCCUGGCACUUCGGGAAAGAGUCCUGCCUAG